AGCUCAUUAAAGCUAAUCAAAUCCUCCGCCUCUCUCUCUCUCUCUCUCUCUCUUACGCUUUUCCAAUUCCCUUCCCACAUACUACGCCUCUUUCUAAAUCCUAAUUACUUCUCCCUUCCGUUAUUCCCUCCCAAAUCCAUCUCCCCUCGUCUCUUUCUUCUUCUUCUUCUUCUUCUUCUUCUCUCUCUCUCUCUCUCUCUCUCUCUCUCUCAUCAUGCCUGCUAUCGCAGAGACCUCCACAAUAGCAGAGCAUAUCAGAUUAAGAAAACCCAAAAACCAUUCCAUCAUAAAAACAGAUCCAAACCCACAUAUUCCCUCCAUCGUCCAAUCCACUCGCUGUAAAUCCUCCAUUUCCUCUCUCCUGCUCUCCCCAUUCUCCAACACUAUUCCCAAUGAGAACCCACCAAAUACCCACAACAGUAGUAAUAACAACGGCAGCAUAAACAGCACCAGCGGGUCCAAGAAAAAGAACUUCUCAUCUGCAUCAUUCAGAGGUCUCGGCUGUGCGGCAUCGGCGCAGGCAUCGUUGCCUGAGGUUAUCCGGACGAAGGCCGACUGGCAGGCGAAGAAGGCGAGGAAGAAGAAACAGAGGAGUCUGGAGCGGAAGAGAGUGAAUAGCAGCAAGACCCACGACCAAGCAGCGCCAAUGGCGGAUAAUCCUUCAAGCUCUGUGGUUGUUCCGGAUAUUUGGUGUGCUCCUGGAAUUGGGUUCGCCGCUGAUGCUCCAUCUGUGGAUUGCGUUGAGUCGAGAAGGCCUGUGUCCGGAAGGGGAAAGAUUGAUGGAGACAAGAUGAACCCGAGGGAGCGUUCUUCUUGUAAUGCUAGGCGUACAGCAAACCCUGAACACAUCCCUCUGCUCGAUCCUGACUCUGCCUUUGGAAGGAUGCACCCUGGAUCAGAUAUAUUUGGAGCCAGGUACUAUCGUCAUGUUCGACAUCAUUCACCUGAAGGGCUUGCUGAGAUCAUGUUGUUCCAAAGCAGCCUGCUGAUAGGAGGAAGAUCAGAUGUACAUGAUCGCUACAGAGAGUGGAGGCUAGAUGUCGAUAAUAUGUCAUAUGAGGAGCUGCUUGAGCUUGGUGAUAGAAUUGGGUAUGUGAGCACUGGAUUGAGAGAAGAUGAGAUAGGUCGUUGCCUCCGGAAAACUAAGCUCUCAAUUUUGGAGGAUUUGUCAUCACAUUUUCCCAGGGAAAUGAAGGGGAAGUGCAGCAUUUGUCAGGAAGAGUAUGAAGCUGAUGAUGAGAUAGGCAAGCUAGAUUGUGGACAUGGGUAUCACAUAAAUUGCAUAAAGCAGUGGCUUCUGCAGAAAAAUAGUUGCCCGGUGUGUAAGGCCGCAGUGGCAGCUGAGUACUAGCACUUCCUAUCUGAUCCUUUAGGGUUUUGAAUGUCUGCAUCUCUAUUCUGUUUCAUGUAUAUAUUUCAUCUCCAAUGUAAGUGAUAAAUCCUUCAUUCUUUGGCAUGAAGCUUCGAUCCUCAUUUGCUUAAUUUGAAGAGAUGGGCCUUUUUCUCUCUGGGCAGUUCCUUUGAUGAUUGAUUGUAAGUUAUGGUUCUGAAACCAUGUGAAGCUCAAAUCAUUUUGCAUUUCCCCC